AAGUUAUUUAGUACCUUGCCACUUGGUCACCUCGUGGUGAAUGUGCCCAGUAAGCCACCCGUUCAUCAAAAGGUGAAAAAGAAUGUUAGAUCAGUACCAUAUUUAACUCCACUUGUGAAGCACAUUUCUAACUAAAGUGUGUCAUAUUUACAUGCAAAUAUUGCAACAAAAAUAUGUUUUCGGCCAUACACAUAAACAUAUCUACUUAAAUUUAAACUGUGUAAUAAGACCGGAGUGAAAUAAUUUGUACUCAUAACUCGUAAGUUUUGCGAAACCCAUAAUUACAACGCACCCCUCCCCCCCAAAGUAGGCACGCAAUGAGGCAAAGUGUCGGCAAAAUACCAACCCCCCUUGAGUGCCCUGUCUGCCAAAAACAUUUCCCCACUAAAUCGUGUCUUAACAAACACGUCGCUAUCCAUGACGACAACCGUGGGAUUAAGUGUGAGAUUUGUGGAAAGGUCGUGAAACACUUGAGGAUCCACAAAUCAAACGUGCACAAAAAUCGGAUCCGACCAGCGUGUGAGAUUUGCAACAAGACAUUUUCCACAUCACAAAAUUUACGCGUGCAUAAAGACGUCUUUCAUAAUAAUAAUGGCACAGAUCGUCCCCGGUUGCCGUGCGGGUAUCUCGGUUGUGACAAAACUUACCUGACAAAGGCCAAACUUAAAAACCAUGUUGGACAGGUACAUUCCAAAAAUCCGGUCCGAUUUCUGUGCAAACUUUGCGGGAAGGAAUUAAACUCAGAACAAUCACUGGAGCAGCACAUUGCUACUCACACGACGGAGAAAAGCUUAACCUGUCCCGUUUGUGGGAAGGGUUUCAUACAUUUAUCUAACUUGAAGCAGCACCAGUUGACCCAUCGAGACAGAUCAGCUCGGAAGGAAUUUCUAUGCAAAAUGUGUCCCCGGACUUUCCUCAGCAGAUUGGGCCUCAUCUAUCAUAUCAGAACUUUUCAUGAAAAUCAGAAACAUUCAUGCGAUCAAUGUCCCAAAAACUUCGUUACGUCCUCCACCUUGAGACGACACCGAGCCGAGGUCCAUCCUACCAACUUCGAGGGGGGUAUUUCUUACGCGUGUGACAAGUGCGAGUACCAGAGUCACCUAAAAUAUCGGCUGAACAUCCACCGGAUUCGGCAACACGUUAGAAAGGGCCACAUGUGCUACUUCUGUGGGAAGGAGUACUUCACCUACAUCCACUUUACGAAACACGUGGCCAGACAUAAUCUGGAGGUGUAAACCUCACCGGACUUUUAAUUGAAAUCACAUAACUUGCCGAAUUUGCCGUGCUUUAAUUCAGUUUUAAAACUGUACCUGCCAGACUUUUCAAAAUUAUACACUGUAUUCAAUUUAAAAAUUUACCUUUGAACAAUUAAGGAAAACAUCAGAAAACACAAGUUGUUUAAAAUCUCGUAGAUAUUUCUAGACUAGAAUUUUAGUCAUACAAUACGACUAGCGGACCUAGCGGACUCAAAUGAAGUACAGGAAAAUUGUUCAAGUGAUUUCCAGGAAAAUAUAUAAACUCUCAAACGAAUGUGGGGCGAGCAUUAAGAAUAAUGAUUACUUACUUUACGUGAAAUUUCCAUAUAGCUUUUUACAAUAAUUUUAUUGUAUAAUAUACAUAUUAGGUAUAAUUGAUUUAGUAUAUUUACAUACGUGUGGAAAUGCAGAAUCACUCCGUGAAGUGGGUAGAAUUAUGUAACAUGAUGAUGUCUGAUCAAGAGAAUCAGGCAAGUAAAUUCUUACUGUCAUGCGAGAAUACAUGUAAUGUUAUUACGCAAUUGAAUAAACUCCAAAAUUAUUUAAAUUGA